AUGGAGCAAGAUAAUGAAUCUCAGAUACAAGUAAAACUUGUUACUCAACAACGAAAAUACGCUGUUUCUGACUCUGCUAUCCUUGUUCCAGCGAAUUUACGUCGUUAUGGUCUAUCAGAAAUUGUUAACCACUUGCUGGGCUAUGAAAAGCCGAUUCCUUUUGAUUUUCUUAUUGAUGGGGAAUUUCUACGGACGAGUUUAUCAGAAUAUUUACAAAAUGCUGGAUUAUCCACAGAAAAUAUAGUUACUCUUGAAUAUGUGGAGUCUAUGCUUCCUCCUAGUUCUUUAUCCGCUUAUCAACAUGAUGAUUGGGUAAGCUCGGUGAGAGGUCAUGAGCAAGGAUAUUUUUUGACUGGUUCAUAUGAUAAUAAUGCUCGUAUAUGGAACCCUUCUGGCGAGUGUUUACAGACUUUUGUUGGGCAUGAUGCACCGAUUAAGAGCGUCGCCUGGGUUUCAAUACAAGAGGAAGAUGUAAUCUGUUUAACUGCGUCUCAAGAUCGCACUAUUCGUGCAUGGCAUUCUUCGAUUUCCGAUAAACAAUACGACGUCUUAUAUGAAUGCCGAGGUCACAAAGGCAGUGUUGAGAGUAUAUCCAUAAAUGCUCAAGAAGCACUGUUUUCAAGUGGUUCUUGGGAUUCGUCAAUUCGAAUCUGGACAACGACUGCUACGCCGAAUGAUGAGGAUGGUUCUGAUUAUGAAUUUAUCGAGAAUGCGGAAAAAAGAAGAAAAAUUCGCAAAAAGAAAGCUACUUCUAUUAUCGUUAAGAAACCAAUUAGUAUAUUGACGGGACAUGUUGGUCCAGUGUCUUCGGUAUUCUUUGAUACUAAAGAUCCUGCGAAACUCUAUAGCGGUGGUUGGGACUACUCAAUACGUACAUGGGAUAUCGAAUCGAGAACCAAUGUUGAUACUAAGAAUUGUGAUCAGGUAGUUUAUGAUAUUGCAUACUCGGAAAAAUCUGGCCUUAUUGCAUCUGGACAUGCCGAUCGAGCUGUUCGACUAUGGGAUUCUCGUGCAGAAGACGUGGCUGUCGUAAAACUAUCUUUAGUGUCACAUCAGAAUUGGGUAUCGGCUGUAUCGUGGUCCGAAAGUUCUCCAUUCAUGUUGACAAGUGCUUCCUAUGAUUCAUGCGUAAAGAUAUGGGAUAUUCGAAGUAAAACACCUUUGUAUACUCUGCGGGCGAGCGAUAGUAAUAGCAAUAAUCAUAAUAGAAAGAAAGAAUCGGGCAAAAAGCUGCUUUGUAUCGAUUGGUCAAAAGAUCUCAUCUUAUCAGGUGGCGAGGAUAAUCGAUUACAUAUUCAUGGUGCAAAGAAAAUUGAGGGUCCUUACACGAAGGAAAAUCUUUAG